AUGUUAACUUGUGUUUGUCGUCCCGUUUCGAGUUCAUUUAUCGAUAAACAAUCAAUCAUGGGUGCACCAAUCGAUCGGGAUCAAAUCGUAGUCACAUCGGAGCCUAAGACAAAGAUUGGAACGGCAAAGCCAAUCGUUAAUCAAAAUCCACAGGUGCCUGUUAGGCCAAGUGCUGCCGAAUUAAAGGCAAUGGCUUUAAGACAGCAGCAACAAAUCGAUUCCAACAUCAUUUCCAAAUUUCUUCAUAUCAAGACCUUCUGCUUCUAUUCUUGA